CGCCACUCUUGAGUGAAGACUCGUUUCCCAAAGUAGAUAUUGCGGCGAAAGGUGUUGGUGCAGCCUCAGUAUUGUGGACCUUCCAGUAAAAAUGAGCCCACUUGACACAUCCAACGCCACAGCAGAAGUGGAGCCUAGCGAAAGUGAUCUGUCGUUUUUGUUCAACGACAGCUUUGAUUCAUACCAGCCCGGUUUCAGCUCUGAUAUCACCAAGCACCUUGGAGUCCAAAUCACUCUAAUAAUGGCUUAUUCCUUAAUAAUCCUGCUGGGACUGCUGGGAAAUUCCCUUGUCAUCUACAUGAUUAUUCGCUACAGAAACAUGCGGACAGUGACCAACUACUUCAUAGCCAACCUGGCCUUGGCAGACCUUCUGAUGGUCACUCUGUGCCUGCCCUUUACUCUGAUUUACACUCUGCUGGAUGAAUGGAAGUUUGGUGCCGUGUUGUGCCACAUAGUCCCGUUUGCCCAAGCUCUGAGUGUUCAUGUGUCCAUCCUGACCCUGACUGUCAUAGCUCUGGAGCGUUACCGCUGCAUUGUCUUCCACCUUGGUCGACGGCUGACCUGGCAUUCCAGCCUCUUCAUCAUGGCAUUCACCUGGACUAUUUCUUCUGUCCUGGCAGCUCCUCUUGCCAUCUUCAGGGAAUAUCGCUAUGAAGAGAUUCCUCCUAUCAAUCUGCGCAUGCCUGUCUGCUCUGAGAAGUGGCCCCAUGGCAUCAACAGGGAUGGAGUCAUCUACAGUCUCUCAAUGAUCCUAUUAUUGUACAUUCUUCCUUUAGCAAUCAUCAGUUAUGCAUACAUAUGCAUUUGGGUCAAACUAAAAAACCAUGUCAGUCCGUCCAGCCGUAACGACAGCAUCAACCGACGCAAGAAAACCACAAAGAUGCUAGCGCUGGUAGUAGUGGUAUUUGCAACCAGUUGGCUGCCUUUACAUGUGCUCCAGCUGGCCACUGAUCUGGACUUGGUGCUCCGGUUUGAGGAGUAUAAGCUCAUCUUCACGGUCUUUCACAUCGUGGCUAUGUGCCCUACCUUCACCAACCCUCUCCUCUAUGGAUGGAUGAAUAAAAACUACAGGAAUGGCUUCAUAAUGGUGUUCCGUUGCGAGGACAAGGCAGAUACUUUCCACCCAGAUGGGUCGUUCAGGACACGCUCUGUAAGAGGGCCCACUCUGAACGGUUGUAACAGCAGACACCCUCCUACUGCUGUAUGAGAUUUGUCUUGUUUAAAAACAGAAUUUUAGCACAUUAGCUAGACCUCUGCUUUAAGGGGUGUGUGGUUCUCAAGAAGCCUUUUGACUUAAAAGAACUGACCUAUGGGUGUAUUUCAAUUGUAUCUACCCUGAAGCUUUCAGCUCCUUGUUGGUUUUCAAGAAUCUUGAAAACCAUUUGCCCACAAAAGUUCAAAGUACAGGUACCUUAGGUACAUAUGUGUCACUUACUUCUGGUCAAUACUGAACUGCUGAGGUGUUGCUGCUGCUGCUGACAGUGUCUUAAGAAUAAAAAACAAAGCAGAACAAAACUAUGUGUUCUUUUAUGCCUAGUGUUUCCAGCUAAAUAAAUUCCAGCUGGAAAAUCUUUUAUUGUUUGCAAAUGCAACAUUUAGGCCUAGCUAUUUGCACAACUACGAUAAAAUUAGAAAAUGGUUUUUUAAAUGAUACCAAUAAAACAUAAU